ACCCCCGCAUGCAGGACGACCGAUAUCGGCGUUGCCUAAUCGAGCAUCGCAGACAUAAAUACCAGCGCAAAGUGAGGGUUUCCGCGUCUCCAGACCACCAACAAUCUCUACGCCUUUGCAAUCAAUCUACUACAUACAUAUCCCACCAUGGCAUCCACAUCCACACCCCCCCAACCCUCCAAGCCAGACCACUGGUCCUCCAAGGCCUACACCACCGCCGCCCCCUUCGUCCCAGCCCUCACCUCUGCCCUCCUCGCCCACCUAACGCCGCACCUCACCCCAACAUCGCGCAUCCUCGACCUCGGCGCCGGCGACGGCCCCCUCAGCGCGCGCCUCGCGGCCCUGGUGCCCCACGGCCGCGUCCUCGGCCUCGAUUCCUCCCCUGCCAUGAUCGCCGCUGCGGGCCAAACCCACGCCCACACGAACUGCAGCUUCCGCGUCGCCGACUGCGCGCGCUUGCGCACCGAGGCCCCGGACCUGCUGAACGGCACGUGGGACACAGUCUUCAGCAACGCGGCGCUGCACUGGAUCCUGCGCGCCCCGGCGUCGCGCGACACCGUCUUUGCCGACGUCCACGCGGCGCUCAAGCCCGGCGGCGUCUUUGUCGCGGAACUAGGCGGCAAGGGCAAUGUCGCCGAGGUGCAUGCCGCGCUCGUCGCGGCGCUCUUGCACUGCGGCGUUAGUGGCGAACGCGCGCGCGCCGCGUGCCCCUGGUUUUUUCCCACGGAGGCGUGGGUAAGGGAUAUGUUGGGAAAGGCGGGGUUUGUGGUGGAGGUUGUAGAGACCGAGUUUAGGCCUACGCGGCUGACGGCUGAGGGGGGGGAUGGGGAUGGGACGGGGGGCCUGGAUGGGUGGGUCAGGUUGAUGGGGAAGCAGUUCUUGGAGGAGGUUGAUGAGGGGCGGAGGGAGGAGGU